AUGUCCGACUCAGACGAGUCAACUCUGAGGGAUCCUGCAUCCUCGACUCUAUCGGAAGAUUCCACUGUUGCCUAUCUCACUCCUCACUCAUCCAUCUACAGCGCGCCCGGUCCUGAUUCGUCUUCUAUUGACACCAGCAUACUUAUACCUAAAAACAGCAAAGUGAACUUCGCCUCCUACCAAAAAUACAUCUCCCGUUUUGCCACACUUCCCAAAGGAGCUGGAUUUUGCAAAAACUCCGUACCCGCUCACACCUCCGGUCAGGGCAUAUUCAGCUUAAGAACAAGAAAGAGCAUAUCUGGUCUUGCAACGGGUUUUCGAAACAAGAUGAAAGUGCGGAAGAAGACAGUUGGUUUCAUUGAGUAUCCGGUAUCUUGCUUCACUUGCCAUGUUUCAUUCAACAUGCCUGGUUCGUUCUGUCAUGUCUGUGGGAACGUUUGGGACAUUGCAACCGGCUGCCUGAACCUUUGCGAUGCUGAAGAGAACCCGGUCAAAAAGGGCCAAUAUCAAGAGAAGCAGGCGGCAGAAUCGAAUGCUGCACAUGCAAGGCAGCAGCACGAACCAAAUCCGCAGUUGUCAGAGCACCCUAUGAUAGCAUCCCUGAAGAUGACCCAACAGAAUGAGCUGCAACGAUUGCGGGACUUCAAGGCGGCCACUGAAAGCUCUAUGAGAGCACGAAAUGCCGCGCAAGAGAUUUCUUUGGCAAAGAAGCAGGCGGAAGACGAAGAAGCCACGAUACGAAGACAUUCAAAAGUCAUCGCCCAACUCGAAGAUCAUCAAAUAGGAGAGGAGUUAGACUUACGAACAGCACUAGACCAAGCGGCCCGGAGCAUCAAUGUUCGCAUCAAACAUAUGGAAGCGUACUGUGAUAAUCUGGGCCACAAAUCGAGUAGAGCCAGCCUCCCUCCUCGUAUAGUCACUGAACAAAAUCUGCGGGAUUUGGAACGUCAGUACAACCUACGGUUUGAUAUGGAACACCAACACCAGGCUAAGAUAAGCAUGAUGCGAAACCGCCAGUCAAGUAGGAUGGAAGAGCUUAUCCACAGGCACGGGAGCGAGCGAAAAAAAUUGGUGGACGGUCAUCAAAGAGCCAGAAUGGAGCUCAGCAACCAAAUAUUGAAGGACCAAGAGAUAUGCAAUACGAUUUUUGAAGAACGUCAAUCUCGACUAACAGCAAGAUGGAAUUUGGCUAUUGAAAUACAAUGCCGAGAACUUGAGGAGCAGACUGGAUUGAAGCGUGUCAUGCCCACCACUGGAGAGUCGGAAACCCUGUCGCAAGAGCACAAAAUACUAGCCAUACCACUUUUCACCACCGGCCAAGGAGUCUUCUGCCAACUUUUGCUUUUCCAGACAACAGCCUUCCACGUCGAUUCCUGUCAACAGCGAAAGCACGAUACUAUAAUGGAUUCCUCCAAGGCACCAGUCAAGUUGGUCAAGGUGACCCGUGUUCUCGGACGAACCGGCUCCCGUGGUGGUGUCACCCAGGUGCGCGUCGAGUUCAUGGACGAUCAGACCCGAUCCAUCAUCCGAAACGUCAAGGGACCCGUCCGUGAGGAUGACAUCCUCUGCUUGCUUGAAUCCGAACGUGAGGCCAGACGUCUGCGAUAG